AUGUACCGAACGCCUGGGCCUAGGCCUAUCCGUGUGUGGCCUUUCCAAGAUAACACCAUUGCCGGUGAUAUGGGCGUAACGGUCAUUAUUCAGCAGAUCGUCACGUAUGUGAUCACUUCGACGUUGUGCAAUUGGGACCUUCGGCAUGGCACCAAGUCACUUACGAGGCCAUGGCCUCCGAUGAUGCACUUCCCCUCGACUUGCCGCCCUGAAGGAAGCUGGCUGGGUGUGAAAAUGCCCGCAGAUGUUGCGCAACGUGGGCGGCCCUUGUAUAUGGGCAAUGCUGAGGACAAAUCGCGCUUUGUACAGUUCUGCCUUUGGUUCUUACGGGCCAUGUCGACAGGGAGUGAACGCAAUGUGAUUUUUGCGCGUCAUAUUACAUUCCGUCAACGUAUUGAGCGUCUGCUUUGGUCGGCCUUGCAAGGGCUCUGGUGGGCCGUUAUUACCUUCUGGUGGUUCUGGCCUAUUUCUAUUGCGAUUGUGGCGCCCAUUUUCGAGCACCAAGACAUGCGUGGUGGGUGGGCACCACCUCUUAUCAAGCUGGUGUACGGAGGCGUUCUGGGCCUCCUUACCAACCCCCUCAUCGCGCUCUUCCAGGUCGGCGCAGAGUCGCAAGUGCGACACUUUUACCCAGAUCACGCCCUCUGGAAGGAACAGCAGGAACAAGAAGAGCUUUCCCUUCCUACACUACCUGUUCAGACUGCUACUUCGGCGACUGUCAAGGAAUGA